CCGGCCCAUCCUUCAUCGCUGAAAACAGCUCUUCCUGGCCCAAGCAUAGAAUAGAGGCUUGCAAGAUUUACUAAGGCUAACUGCGAAGGCAUCGUCGGAAAAGAUGUCGCCCUAUUUCAGGACCGCUGCGCCCCAUGUCGCUGCUACUAAGCUUGCCUGCGUGAUGGUUGGCCUUCCUGCGCGUGGGAAAACCUAUGUUGCCCGCAAAAUCGCACGUUACCUCGCUUGGCUAGGGCAUCAUAGUCGCAUAUUCAAUGUGGGAAACUAUCGACGAGUGGCAGUUGGUGCCGUGCAGCCGCAUGACUUCUUCGACCCCACAAAUCCAGCAUACGCCGAAAAGCGGAAGGAGGUGGCCGACAAAGCGCUGGAGGAUAUGUUAAGCUGGUUUGGGAAAGCUGGCGACGCGCCUGCAACAGGCGCGGUCUUGACGAAAGACGGUCCUAUGACGCCGGUGACUAGCAGGCCACGCAGCGACUCGCUGAGUGUGGUCGGAGCGGGAACGGGUGGACCGGGAUGGGUAGCAGUGUAUGAUGCUACCAACUCGACGGCUGAAAGACGGCAGGGGAUUUACGAAGAGUGCCUAAGAAAUGGGGUCGACAUCAUGUUCAUUGAGAGCAUCUGCGAUAAUGACGAUAUCAUCUUGGCCAACAUCAAGGAGGUCAAGCUUUCGUCUCCGGAUUACGUGGGAAUGGACCCGGAGAAGGCCGUAGAGGACUUCUCUCGCCGGAUACAGCACUACCAAAUGGGCUACCAAACUCUCGAUCCAUCCGAAUGCUCCGGCAACAUUCCAUUCGUAAAAGUCAUCAACGUCGGUGACCAAGUCAUUGUGAAUAAAGUCAAAGGAUACCUCCAAUCCCGCAUCGUCUACUUCCUCAUGAACCUGAACAUCACCCCAAAAUCAUUUUUCUUCACACGACAUGGCGAAUCCAUGUACAACGUACAAGGAAAGAUAGGGGGAGACGCGGAUCUAAGUCCGCAAGGAAUGCGUUUCGCGCAGCGAUUGCCGGGUCUGUUAGCCGACAAACUGCCCAAGGAAACAAAGUUGACGGUGUGGACAUCCACAUUAAAGCGGACAAUGCAAACAGCGUCACAUUUGGAGUUCCCGCAACUGCAGUGGAAGCAGCUGGACGAGCUGGACUCGGGAGUGUGUGAUGAGCUCACGUAUGAGGAGAUUGCUGAGAGGUAUCCGAAUGAUUUCUCGGAACGGGAUCUGGAUAAAUUCAACUACCGUUAUCACGGAGGCGAAAGCUACCGCGACCUAGUACAACGCCUCGAACCCGUAAUCAUGGAACUCGAACGCCACCACGAACGAGACCACGCAAUCCUCAUCGUCGGACAUCAAGCCGUCCUGCGCGCCAUCUACGCCUACUUCCUCAACUACUCCCUUGACGAAUUACCGUACGUCAAGAUCCCAUUGCACACCGUGGUUAAGCUGACACCCAAGGCGUAUGGCUGUGCGGAGGAGCGGUAUGAAAUUGACAUCCCGGCUGUUGACACGCAUAGGGGCAUGCCGCAUCCUGCUUUGGACGCGAAGAGUAAAUAGCUUCUGAAAGAGAUGUAGGGGUGUUUUUUGUAGCGGCUUUGAUAAAAUUAGAUUCGAGUGGGUAUGGAAAUGCCGAAUGUGCGUGCGG